CUUUUCUCCUCUUCGUUGGACAUCUAUAUCGUGCGUUCAGCUUCAGCGCACAUCGUUGAUGAAUACGCAUGCGUUUCAGUGAACUUCGUCGCGCAUGAUAAUCCCGAUGUACGUAAUAUCGAGGUGGACUUAGUACUGACUGAACGACGCUCACUGCAUGGCAUUGCCAGAAAUGCCAAAUGAUCAACAACAUUUGCUCGUGUUUCAGUCUAAUCUCACUCAUUUGCUCUGAAUGCCUUUUCAUUAUCAGGACAUAUGCACUCUGGAACAACAACAAAUUUGUGCAAGAUUUCCAGCUCAUCAUCCUCGCGAUCCUUGCCACGCGCAUGCACCUCCAUCUCUGGCAUGUCGACCGGCAAAUACAUGGCUGUGACGCCCUCAUGCUUAUUCUUCUAACCGAUGUAUUAUAUGUGGGUCGCACGGGGUGAAAUCGGCUUGCUUGUUUGUUCGGUAUCGUUCAUGGAGUGAAGUUUGAACAAUGCAAAGAGACUGGUGACUCUUCAUGCGCAUAACGUCUUAGUCGGAUCUGAAUAUGCUGGACCUGGGAGUCAGAGAAGGUAUCGUAAGGUGACUUGGUCAAAUUCGGGAUCCGCGUGCUUGAGUUUCUGCUACGUUUGGGCUUGGUCUAUUGACAGUGUAACAC